GCAGCAAAAUGCCCACUUCAUCCUGCAAAAAGUGUGACCCAAAAUCGACCAAAGGAUGCCUUAUUAAGAACAGAUUACUGAUCGUUUCGAUGAUUGGGAUAUGUUUAGGUAUCACCCUUGGCUUAGGGCUUCGACCAGCUUCCCUCUCGGAAUCCACCAUAAUGUGGAUAGGUAUUUGGGGAGAGUUAUUUCUGCGCAUGCUCAAAAUGAUCAUCAUUCCGCUGAUAAUAGCUUGUCUCGUUACAGGUGUCGGAGCUUUAGAAGACAAGGCCAGUGGUCGUCUUGGAAUUGCAACUCUGGUGUACAUAAUUGUUACCCAGAUUAUUGGGGUCAUGAUUGGUAUUAUGCUGGCAGUUUCUAUCAGACCAGGAACUAAUUUGGGCGAUGAAGCUCAAUUUGGAACUGCCAGUAGCACAGAAUAUGGGGAUACAUUUGCAGAUAUGUUAAGAAACCUCUUCCCAGAAAACGUGGUUCAGGCAUGCUUGCAACAUGUGGGGACCGAGGUUUCCUCAAACACAAGCAAGAAAAAUGCCGGUUUUGCCACGAACUUGACCAAACCAUCAAAAUUGGUGAUUUAUAAAGAUGGAACAAACUUAUUAGGGAUAGUAGUAUUCAGUUUGGUGUUUGGUUGGAGAGUUCACGCUGCCGGUGAAGUUGGAAAGCCCGUUUACAACUUCUUUGUCGGUGUCUCAGUGGUCAUAUUCAAGAUGUUGACUCUAAUCUUCUGGUAUGCUCCACUGGGAAUUGCCAGUUUGAUAGCGGCCUCCAUUCUUCGUGUUGAAGACAUCUCAACGGCCUUCCUGUCACUUGGUCUACUCGUUCUUAGCGUCGUUGUUGGUAACCUGUUUCAUAUGUUGGUAGUUUAACCGUUUAUUUACUUCGCCUUUGUGCGCAAGAACCCCUACAAGUACAUGUUUAACCUCCUGGAAGCACUGCUGGUCGGAAUAGUGCCACCAAGCGGGUAGAGCUAUCCAAUUUUGUU